AUGAGUACCCGUUAUUCCACUCAAUUGCAAUCGUCAGCCAUUCUAUCCAUCACUGUCUCGUCAUCUUCUUCCUUAGAUUCCACGCCGCGGGAAGAAAACAGUCACAAUGCCGCAGUUUCCGAGAGCUCUCCAUCGUCCUUGUUGAUGAGACUGGCCAUGAGGGUAUCUAGAGCAAGGUGGUUCAUUUUCUUGAGAAGAGUGUUUCAUUACCAGAACGGCUCAAGAUCCGAUCUUGGCACCAAUCCUUUCAAUUCAAUCACUUGGAUGAUAUCAGAGCUCAUCGCUUUACUUGUACAGAUCACUGUGAUAACAUUCACACUAGCUUUGUCCAAGAACGAGCGGCCUAUUUGGCCUGUGAGGUUCUGGAUCACUGGCUACAACGUCGGUUGUCUGCUCAAUCUCAUGCUGUUAUACGGUCGGUACCGUCAGCUAGACAUUAGCCAAGGAAAUGGAUUUGGUGAUAUUGAGCAGGAACAAAGAGGCAGAGAAGAUCAUACCAGGUGCUCACAUUUGAUGAACAGAUGCCGAACAUCGCUGGAGCUUUUCUUUGCGAUAUGGUUUGUGAUAGGUAAUGUAUGGGUUUUUGAUUCUCGGUUUGGUUCUUUCCACUAUGCUCCAAACCUCCAUGUCCUUUGCAUCACCCUUCUCGCUUGGAACGCUCUUUGCUACUCCUUCCCAUUUCUUCUCUUCCUCCUGCUCUGUUGUGUUGUACCUCUCAUUAGUAGCUUCCUCGGCUACAACAUGAACAUGGGAUCUUCUGAAAAAGGAGCUUCAGAAGCCCAAAUCUCCAAUCUCCCUAGUUGGAAGUACAAAGUCAUUGGUGACACUUCUGAUUCAGCCAAUGAUCCGGAGUGUUGCAUAUGUUUGGCAAAGUACAAAGAUAAAGAAGAAGUGAGAAAGCUUUUAUGUUCGCAUAGUUUUCACCUCAAAUGCGUUGAUCAGUGGCUUCGUAUCAUCUCAUGUUGUCCUCUCUGUAAACAAGAUCUCCCCAACUAA